AUGCGCCCUGCCCAGCGGCAGCCCUGGGAGCCACGCGACGGCUCAGAGGGGCUCGCCCCGCUCCUGCACGGCACAAGCGGCUCCGCGCAGGGCCCCUCCUUUGCCGGGCACCAGGUGCGGUCACGGAGGAGCUCCUGCCGCCCCGCCACACCCCCGCACCCGCCGUUUCGCAGCGCGGCUCUCCGGGCGGGCCCUGCCCGUUGCCAUGGCCGUCGCCACGGCCGUCGGGGACCCCUCGCGCCGGUUGGGCCCCGGCAGCGAGGCGGCGGGCGGCACCGCUGCCGGGCGGCGGCGGCCAUUGGCUGUCGCUAUGCGGGGCCGGCGGGCUCCCGUCCCCUCCCCUCCUCUCCCACCGCCGCGAGCGGCGGCGAGAUGGCGGCGGGCGGCGGGCAGGCCAUCGUCUGGCGCAACGUGGUGCUGAUGGGGCUGCUGCACCUGGGCGCUGUGUACGCGCUCAGCCUGGUGCCGCGGGCGCAGCUGCUCACCCUGCUGUGGGCAUAUUUCUGUUUCCUGAUGACAGCCUUGGGCGUGACGGCUGGUGCACAUCGCUUGUGGAGCCACCGUUCAUACAAAGCCAAGCUGCCUCUGCGGAUCUUCCUGGCUGCAGCUAACUCCAUGGCCUUCCAGAAUGACAUCUACGAGUGGAGCCGAGACCACCGUGUGCACCACAAGUACUCGGAGACAGAUGCAGACCCACACAAUGCCCGCCGUGGCUUCUUCUUCUCCCACAUCGGCUGGCUGUUCGUGCGCAAGCACAAAGACGUCAUAGAAAAGGGAAGAAAGCUGGAUUUCACUGAUCUUCUGGAUGACCCCGUUGUCAGAUUCCAAAGAAAGUACUACAAGAGUUCGGUCGUGCUGAUGUGCUUUGUGAUCCCCACCGUUGUGCCAUGGUACCUCUGGGGCGAGAGUCUGUGGAACGCCUACUUCCUCGCCUCCAUCCUCCGCUACACCAUAUCCCUCAACGUCACCUGGCUGGUCAACAGCGCCGCUCACAUGUACGGCAACCGCCCUUAUGACAAGUACAUCAAUCCCAGGCAGAACACCUUUGUCACUCUGGGAGCCAUUGGUGAGGGUUUCCACAAUUACCACCACACUUUCCCCUUCGACUACUCAGCCAGCGAGCUGGGCCUGAAGUUCAACCCCACCACCUGGUUCAUUGACUUCAUGUUUUGGUUGGGGUUGGUCACUGACCGGAAACAAGCUCCAAAGGAGAUGAUCCAGGCACGCAAGGAAAGGACUGGAGAUGGCAGUGCUUGAAGAGUAAUGCUUCUCUGUGCGUCAGCACCGUCGCACGCUGCUCAGAGUUAUUUUCCUCUGGGUAAAAUUAGUUUUUUUCAGAUGGGUUGAAUUUAUUCCACAGGAAUAGAUUCGGCUCUGACUUUUCUUCCUUAUUAGCUGUCUUAUGUCCAAACUUCAGACUAUUAAACGUCAAAAUGUUCUAUAUUAUUUAAUAUUAGAGUUAAACUAAUUUUAGUCACUGUAGAUUAUGUCUGAAAUACGUUGUAAUUUGCUUGUUCAUGGUUAAACGUUGCAGUUUGGAGGAACUAAUUAUCCUUUCGAAGUGCAGUUAGGGGAGAAUUUGUUUCUACUAUUAAUCAAACAUGCUUUUGAGACGUGUUUCUGGGAGGGUACAGGGCAGGACAGGGCACAAUGUGCUGUUCCAGCUACAAACCGAUGGUAAGGAACAGGAAGAGCGCCAAGAAAAACAGGAUGCCAAAGGGGAGAAAUCAGCCUAAAAUUAGUCAGCUGUUAGUUUGAAAAUCUGCUUCCUUCUUUUUGUUAGCCCUGUUAGCCAAACCGACGCGCCGCUGUCUUUGCUAAAUAUGAAAACCAUUUACUGCUGAGCAGGCUUUUGUGUUGAAGAUACAGGCCAAAAUACAAACUGACGCUAUGUUGAGAUGAUUCCUUUGUUGUUGCACACACAUUGUAAUUUGUAAAGAUAUAGAGCUCAACAGUGUCUUAAACUAAAAGAAGCUUCAGUUUCGAUGUUUGGAGACCUGAGUUAUAUUCUAACCAGUCAUGGCCAUGAAUGCAUGCAUAUUGUAGCUCCUUUUGCACAAGAGGCCGCUAGCAUUUUUUUUUCUGCCUCUGACUGGUGGGUCUUUGAAAACUGACCUUUAUCGAAGUCAGAGUCUCUAUUAAAAUUUCAGCUGCAUGCAACAUCUAUUGGUUUCUGAGCAAAAUAUAAAGACAGUUAUGUAGCUUCUGAACUAAAUGGUUGCCUUGUUUAAAAAGGAAAAAAAAAAAAAAGGAAAAAAAAAAAGGAAAAAAAAAAAAAAAAAGCAUGCGGAGUUAAUGGAACAUACAGCCCUUAGUGUUAGAUGUUAGCCAGUGCAGGAGAAAGGCUUCGUACUGUCAGCACUGGAGCACUUUUGAAGAUAGAGGGCAUGAUUCUCAUUUAUAAAGCAGGUCGCCGCCUUACGCCUCGCUAGGGGGUGCUCGAUUCAGGCUGCUCGGCCCCAUGCCUGGAGCACGGCAGUGGCUCAAGGUAAGUGAGACUCAGCCCAGGUAUUUUCAGGAAAGAUGUAGAGUUUAAAAAAAGAAAAAGAAAAAAAAAAAAAUACAGCAACAAAACCACAGUUAAAAAUCGAUUCUUUUUUUUUCUCGUUUCUUGUUUUUCAAAUGUUGCCAUAUGAUAUAAGAGUUGUCUUUAUUCUGUAUUUCAUCCAGCAGGUGUUUUAACAGUGUUAAUUUGCCAUUAAUGAUGUUAAA